AUGGACCACUGGUCGCUGGGAUGGGAUCCUGAGAUGGGGAUGAUGGAGCCGUUUCCUGUGCUGUCGUCGGAAAGCUCUUGUGUUGCCAUGCCUGAUCGCAUGAGCGUACAUAAGCUUCGGGCUGCAUUACAGAUAGACAUGAGAUGGCUUUUCGAGGAAACAAAUGAUCUUGGGAAGACUAUGGAGAUGAUAUCUAUAGAAGAGGCUGACUGGAUGAAUCUCAAGCACAAUUUCGUUCGCUAUGCUAUGUCACAAAGUGAACAAGAUUGUGCUAAUCCCGCGUGCGAAAAGCUUGGCUCGGCGUACUACAUGCAAAAUGUGUCCUCCACAACUGCAUUUCUCGUUCUUACUUCGCCAAAGAAAGACAUAUAUACCAUCGAAGAAAGACGGUUUACGAUUGAAGACGAUAACUCCAAUGUGUUUCUUCCCGAAAUCAACUGGACUCAUAUCAGGAGAUUUCUUGCUCUUUUAAAGGAGAAGAAAUUCCGCGAUAUGGGAACAAGAUAUCCGAUCGACGCAAGGCAAUCCUCGCAUUCAAAAAGGUUUCUCACCACGUUAUCGAAGAGGCGAAACUGGUUGUGUCUACUAACAACAACGACGUCGCCUCUGACGUGA